AAUAUAUUAGCUCAUAUUAAUUAUAAAAUCAUAUAUCAAAUCAAUAUUAUAAGUCGAUUUUUUAUAAUAUUAAAUAUAUAUAGGAUGAUACCUGUUAAUAGAAAAGGAACACGAUGAAUUUCAAAAUUGAAUUUUGAAAAACUGAUUAAAGACAUGGAUUAAAUAUCUAUAUCGAAAAAGCGACAGUAGAUAUACAUAGUUCAGAAAAAAGAGAGUCGAUAUUGUUGUGAUCGUGAAAGAGGCUGAUUAAUGGCGCCAGCAUUGGGCCAUGUCUUCUUUGGCCCAGAAUUCCUUUUCCGAAAAUACGACCAGCGGAAAAAACGUCUAAGGGGUACGUUCGAUGGUGCACAAAGUGCACAGGAUGGAGGAGGAAUGCUCUCAAGAGAAUAAAAAAGUUGAGACAACGAUGCAGACUACGGUCGCAGUAGCGAAUACCUCAUCAGAUGACGUUUGUAACGCACGGGCACGUGUAUCUUGCCAAGAAGAGUUUACAUGUUCUUUGUAUAUCUCGCGUGCUGUCGGGCCACAAGGUCAAGUGCAAGGAAUACAAAGUGGUGGCGAGCUGCUACGUUCUAAUCUAGAAGAGGUAAUCCGCGCAUCCGACCCCUUAGCAGCCUGGCACGUGUCUGAAACACCUUGUGGUUUGAUUGCGGCAUUUACUUGCGAAGCUGAUGCAGAAAAAUUGUUGCAACGUGGCGAUUUGGCACGUGUUUUCGAAGGACCUGUACAAGUGGCUCGAUUUUCAGCGAAAGAUUCUCGUUAUAGACAAGCGGUUCUUCUUCGCGAUGUACCCUGGGCUAUUCCUUUACAGGAUAUAAAUUCUGCAUUAAUGAAACAAGGAAUUGCAACAGGAAGUGUUGAACGUUGGCGACAAUAUAUACGCGUUGAGGUAUUAGAUGCUGGACAUUACGAACUCUUAUUGCGUCAAGGACUGGACUUUUUCGGUGCUGCUCGAUUCAGUGCCAUCCCAGAGCGUUGGUGGCGCGGAGGAACCGGAAGUACUGGUGGACCGUUGCAGGCAGGACCAGGAAUAGUCAGCAACUUUCUCGAAGCAUCUAACUUUCAAACAGGGGACGGUGUUCUCCAGUGUUAUCGUUGCCAGGGAUUCUGGCAUAUGGCUGCCAACUGUAGACACUUGCCACGUUGCGUUCGAUGUGGAGAACCACAUAGUGUUGAGUUUUGUCCCAGACCUCGAAACAAUCCUAUUUGCUGUCAUUGUUCCGGUCCUCAUCAUGCUGGCUACCGACAAUGUCCGGUUCGACAACAACUUUCGAACGCUACGCCUAUUAGUAUCACACUAAGCACUACUCGGAUUGGAAACCAAUAUCCCAUGAAUGCAGCCUCCAAGACGAACGCGUCCGCUCACGAGCAACAGCCCUUGAAGUCAAGUCAAUCUUAACGAAAUAUUACUGCAC